GCUGCGUCCGCCCGCCGCUCCCGCGGGCUGCUUGGUAGGUAGGAAGGCCCUCACGGAAGGAAAGAGAAGACAAUGGCUGCUGGGCCUCUACCUUUGGGAGCUCAGUUUCAGGAGUUAGUGACGUUCAAGGAUGUGUCUGUGGAUUUCACUUGGGAUGAGUGGAUGCAGCUAGAUCCUGCUCAGAGAAACCUGUAUGGCAAAGUCAUGCUGGAGAACUACAGGAACCUGAUCUCAUUGGGGCUUCAGCUUUCUAAACCAAGUGUGAUAUCCCAGCAGGAGCAAGAACUGAGCCUGAGGAACAAAGAACCCCCAGGGUGUGUCUCUCCAGACCAGGAGACAAGGCUUGAAGGCAAAGAGUUAUCUCCAAAGCCCAAUAUUAUUGAAGAUUUAUCCCAUGGAUCCAUAAUGGAAAGGAAAGGUCUGUGGCAUUCACCCUUAGGGGAAACUUGGGAACCUGAUAAUUGGUUAGAGGAGCAACAGGAAAGACAUCUAGGCCAAGUUACCUGUAAGGAAACCCUCACUGAGAGGGGAGUGUGUAGAGGUAAUGACCUUGAACAAUGUUCCAAUCAAGAUUCGGUCCUUAAUACACAGCAAGGAAUUCCUAAAUCAAAAUAUCCGCACAAUUGGAAUUCACAUGGAAAAGAUGCCAAACAAAACUCUGAGUUAAUGAAAACUAAAAGAAUGUUUGUAGGAAAGAAAAUCUAUGAAUGUAAUGAAUGUGGGAAAACUUUCAGCCAGAGCUCAUCCCUUCUUAAACACCAGAGGAUUCAUACUGGGGAGAAACCAUAUAAGUGCAAUGUCUGCGGUAAGCACUUCAUUGAACGCUCUUCCCUUACCGUACAUCAAAGAAUUCAUACUGGAGAGAAACCCUACAAAUGCAAUGAAUGUGGAAAAGCCUUCAGUCAGAGCAUGAACCUUACUGUUCAUCAAAGAACUCACACUGGGGAGAAACCAUAUCAGUGCAAAGAAUGUGGGAAAGCCUUCCGUAAGAAUUCAUCCCUUAUUCAACAUGAAAGGAUUCAUACUGGAGAGAAACCCUACAAAUGUAAUGAAUGUGGGAAAGCUUUUACACAAAGCAUGAAUCUUACUGUGCAUCAGAGAACUCAUACAGGAGAAAAACCCUAUGAAUGUAACGAAUGUGGAAAAGCUUUCAGUCAAAGCAUGCAUCUUAUUGUGCAUCAGAGAAGUCAUACUGGAGAAAAACCCUAUGAAUGCAGUGAAUGUGGAAAAGCAUUUAGCAAGAGUUCAACCCUUACCCUUCAUCAGCGAAAUCACACUGGAGAAAAGCCCUAUAAAUGUAAUAAAUGUGGGAAAUCCUUUAGCCAGAGUACAUAUCUUAUAGAACAUCAAAGACUUCACUCUGGAGUAAAACCUUUUGAAUGUAAUCAGUGUGGAAAAGCCUUCAGUAAGAACUCAUCUCUUACUCAACAUCGAAGAAUUCACACUGGAGAGAAACCUUAUGAGUGUAUGAUAUGUGGAAAACAUUUCACUGGACGAUCAUCCCUAACUGUACAUCAGGUUAUUCACACUGGAGAGAAGCCUUAUGAAUGCUCUGAAUGUGGAAAGGCAUUCAGCCAGAGUGCAUACCUUAUUGAGCAUCAAAGAAUUCAUACUGGUGAAAAGCCCUAUGAAUGUGACCAGUGUGGUAAAGCUUUCAUUAAGAAUUCAUCCCUUAUAGUGCAUCAGAGAACUCAUACAGGAGAGAAACCCUAUCAGUGUAAUGAAUGUGGAAAAGCCUUCAGUCGGAGCACAAACCUUACAAGACAUCAAAGAACUCAUACAUGAAGAAAGCAUUCAUGAGCCACUUCAUUAUGAUUAACUCUUAAGUAAUUAUAUAAGUCAUGUUGAUGUAGAUGCCUAAUAAAUGUAACAAUUAUGGGAAUCUUUUAGUUGAAGUGUAUAGCACAUCAGACAAUACAGAUCAUAGCAGAGAAACCUCAUGAAAUUAGAAAAAAAUUUGAUUCAGAAGGUAAAAUUUUAUGUUAUGUCAGGUUUGAGUAACUGUUACAUAGACCAUGAAGAUAAGUUCUGUUGUGUCAUACUGCAGAUUCUCUUCUGGACAUCAGGGACUUCACAAUGAAAAGAGUCUCACAGUGUGUGGCUGGACAGCCCAAAGACCUAGUAUGUAGUCCUGAAUACCACUAAUUUGGAAAAGUUACCCGCUUUUACUGGGUCACAGUUUCCUUAUCUGGUAAUUGAGAGAUUUUCCAUAUUGAAAGCCUGAAGGACCGCUAUUUGCUAAAAUUCUACAAACGAUGGUGAGAAAUUUCUGGUCUUUUACUCUCAUGUAUGUUUUCUAGGUGCUUCUACUUUGUUUUCCUUGGAGUCAACAUUCUCUACCUCUACCAAUGCCUAUUCUACCAUGUCCUUUCCCCUCUUCCUGCCUUACUUUUUACCCUAAAAUAUAGGCUGGUUUCUACCAGGUAAUAGGAUAAUUGUACAGCUCUUAAUGCACUAGCAUGCAGUUUUUAGUUCUCAUCAUUAAUAAAUUGUUGUUAAAUUAGCUGAUUAUUUAGAAAACUAAAUAUGGUCUAUAUGUACAUCAUAGACUCAAAUACGUAUCUUUGUGUUGUAUUUGAUUCUCCAAGUAGAAAAGAGAAGAAAAAGAGGACAUCUAGUAUAUUAACAAAACCUUUGCAACUCAGAAUACAUUUUGAAACUAUCACAGCGAUAUUUUAUACAUCUAUCAUGGUGGUAGUAGUUUAGUUUCAUUUAUUCCACCCAUUUUAACAAGUACUAAAGACAUGAUUAGAAAAUCACAAUGAUUAAGAUAUAUUCGUUAUGUUCUAAGGCAGUGGUGGUGAAAUUGUGGCUCAUGUGCCACAGUUGGCUAUCUGUCAUCACUGAAAGCUCUAAAAGGUUCACCAUCACUGUUCUAAGGGCUAAACUAAGAAAGUGAUAUUGUGCUGUGAAAGAAAAGGAGACCUGAAGCAGCAAUGAGGUAGAAACUAGAAGAAAUAUAACUGGUUAAAUAUACCCAUUUGAGUUACAAGGAAAUGUUUAGAAUGACUUGAAUUUCUUGAGUGGAUCGGCAUGCCAUAACUAAGAAAAUAAAAAAACAGCCACUUUUUCUGGCAUUGUUUCUGGCAUUGUUUCACAGAAGUAAUCAGAUACCUUGAGUUUCAUGGGGUUGCUAUGUUGGUUGUAUGAUAGUGGCCAAGCUCCAGGUAGAAUGUCUGCAUUUGUGGUAGGAAGAUGGGAUGGGUAGGACCAGCAACAGCAGUGUAUUUUAUUAGAUAUGUUUCCCCAUAACCCCCUCAGCAUGCUCCUUGCCUUUC